AUGGUUCAGGAUGGACUGAAAUGGGAUGAACUGAGGGAGGCGUUCCGACUCUUCGACAAGGACGGUGAUGGAACGAUUACUAAGCAAGAACUGGGUCAGUUUAUGAGGAACUUGGGUCAGUUUGCCACUGAGGAGGAACUGAGGGUCAUGCUUGACGAAAUCGACAUUGAUGUAAUCAUACUAUCUAUCAUCCUGUUGGUAACUGCUAUUCUAUUGUUGACAGAACUGAGGGAGGCGUUCCGACUCUUCGACAAGGACGGUGAUGGAACGAUUACUAAGCAAGAACUGGGUCAGUUUAUGAGGAACUUGGGUCAGUUUGCCACUGAGGAGGAACUGAGGGUCAUGCUUGACGAAAUCGACAUUGAUGGUGAUGGAACGUUCAGCUUCAACGAGUUUGUGGAAAUUGUUUGUAACAUGGGAGGAGGAGGCGAGAGGCAGGACGAGGAGAAGGAAUUAAGAGAUGCAUUCAAGAUUUUCGACAAGCACGGUCGUGGCUACAUCUGCGCGAGCGACCUGCGCGCCGUCCUGCAGUGUCUGGGAGAGGACCUCUCUGAAGAGGAGAUUGAGGACAUGAUCCGGGAAGUUGACAUUGACGGUGACGGGCGUAUUGACUUCGAAGAAUUUGUAAAGGCCUUGGGAGAGAAUGACGGAGAUGAUGAAGAUGACCAGAAAGAUGAAGAAGAAGAUGAAAAGAAGUGAAAUGCUACGAGGCUGCAAAGAACACUUCGAUAUCAAGACGAGAAUGAAAGAUAUAAUGUAUAUUAGAUGUACCAAAGAACUGGUUCUUUAUGACCACAACGGGAGGCUCUCCAUAGGCUUGCAAUUAUCAAAAUUUGACUGGGCACCAGCAUGUUUUUUUUAACUCAUCAACUGGGUUUUAAAUGUUAUACACCUUCACACGUGAUGGUUUUUUUUGUUUUACUUAAUCACCAACGAUGGUUGUCUUAUACUCCAUCACCCAGGAUGGUUUUCUUGACAUACCGCAUCACCCAGGAUGGUUUUCUUGACAUACUGCAUCACCCAGGAUGGUUUUCUUGACAUACCGCAUCACCCAGGAUGGUUUUCUUGACAUACUGCAUCACCCAGGAUGGUUUUCUUGACAUACUGCAUCACCCAGGAUGGUUUUCUUGACAUACUGCAUCACCCAGGACGGUUUUCUUGACAUACUGCAUCACCCAGGACGGUUUUCUUGACAUACUGCAUCACCCAGGAUGGUUUUCUUGACAUACUGCAUCACCCAGGACGGUUUUCUUGACAUACUGCAUCACCCAGGAUGGUUUUCUUGGCAUACUGCAUCACCCAGGAUGGUUUUCUUGACAUACUCCAUCACCAAGGAUGGUUUUCUUGACAUACUGCAUCACCCAGGAUGGUUUUCUUGACAUACUGCAUCACCCAGGAUGGUUUUCUUGACAUACUCCAUCACCAAGGACGGUUUUCUUGACAUACUGCAUCACCCAGGACGGUUUUCUUGACAUACUGCAUCACCCAGGAUGGUUUUCUUAUCAUACUUUGUCACAUAGGAUAGUUUUCCCGUUACACCAUCACCUAAGAUGAUUUUCUUGUUAUACUUCACUACACAGAAAGGUUUCCCUAUCAUAUGUUAUCACACAGGCUGGAUUUUCCUUCAUACACUACCACAAGGGAUAUUUUUUUGUCAAACCUUAUAAUACAAUGUGAUUUUCCUACCAUACACUAUCACAUGAUGAUUUUUCUGUUAUAUAUCAUCACAUUAUAAAGUUUUUCUUCUUCUCUUUUUUAGUAAAUGUCUACAGGAGAAGGGGUUACUAGCCCAUUGCUCCCGGCAUUUUAGUCGCCUCAUACGACACGCACGGCUUACGGAGGAAAGAUUCUUUUCCACUUCCCCAUGGACAAUAGAAGAAAUAAAGAGGAACAAGAGCUAUUUAGAAAAAGGAGAAAAACCUAGAUGUAUGUAUAUAUAUAUAUAUAUGCAUGUGCGUGUCUGUGAAGUGUGACCAAAGUGUAAGUAGAAGUAGCAAGAUAUCCUUGUUAUCUAGCGUGUUUAUGAGACAGAAAAAGAAACCAGCAAUCCUACCAUCAUGCAAAACAAUUACAGGUUUCUGUUUCACAGUCAUCUGGCAGGACGGUAGUACUUCCCUGGGUGGUUGCUGUCUACCAACCUACUACCUACUAUGGAGUGAAUGAUGGUGAAAGUUUUUCUUUUUCGGGCCACCCUGCCUUGGUGGGAAUCGGCCAGUGUGAUAAUAAAAAAAAAUAUCAUCACAUAGGAUGUUUGUUAUUCUAUACACAAGCUAGCAAGAUAAAAUGCCUAUAAAUUUCUCCACUUAUUCUAUCAAAUUAUCUUAUUAAAGAAAACGUGUUUUGAUCAAGUUAUGUAAGCGCUCUGUCAAAGUGGCGGGGUAACAUCUUUUACAAUUGAUAAAUAAGUGGCGGGGUAACAUCUUUUACAAUUGAUAAAUAAGUGGCGGGGUAACAUCUUUUACAAUUGAUAAAUAAGUGGCGGGGUAACAUCUUUUACAAUUGAUAAAUAAGUGGCGGGGUAACAUCUUUUACAAUUGAUAAAUAAGUGGCGGGUAACAUCUUUUACAAUUGAUAAAUAAGUGGCGGGGUACCAUCUUUUACAAUUGAUAAAUAAGUGGCGGGGUAACAUCUUUUACAAUUGAUAAAUAAGUGGCGGGGUAACAUCUUUUACAAUUGAUAAAUAAGUGGCGGGAUAACAUCUUUUACAAUUGAUAAAUAAGUGGCGGGGUAACAUCUUUUACAAUUGAUAAAUGAGAAAUUUGUGCAACAUCUGGGUAUCUUUAUUCUCGAAUAAAGAAACUCAAAUGUUACACAAGUGUCUCAUUUAUCAAUUUGUUGGUUUUCUAAAACAUUUAUUCACAUCUUUCACAAUUGCCUCCAGCAGUUACAUUUCUUUGAAAAUAACUGAAUAUUUGGGAAACGCUAAUUAAAAAUUGGUCUUUAUACUACUGCAAAUAAUAUUCCGUGGCUCAAGUGGUAGUCUUCGGCUCACAACUAAAGGACCUGGAGAGGGUGUAAAUGUUAGGCAUAUCUCCUUACAUCUAUUGUUUUUAUUACGGAAAUGAAAAGUUUUCGGGAGAUUAGAAUUUCAGUGUUGUAGACUGGUCUUGAUAUUUCUGAAAGGUAAUCUGUCCUUAACAAAUGACAACUAUUAACCCCAUUAAUGCUUAUGGUGGCUGAAUUUUACUCUUAAGCGUAUAUAGUAGGUUCCAUUAACACCAAUGUCCAUAGUAGGUCCUACUAAGUACAUGGAAAGUUCUACCGUCACCAAUGUUUAUGGUAGGUUCCACUACCAUCAGUGUUUAUGGAAGAUCCUUCCAUCACAAUAUUUAUAGUGAUAUUCAUGAAGGGUAAAGGACUGAACACAUUCCAUGGCUAAGGUACUCAGCAGCCCAAAAUUUCCUCACCCCUUAUUCCACCGCCUCUCAUAAGUAUCUUUGUACUGAAUCAAGACCUUGGUUUGCGAACACAUCUCAUAAACCAUACCACGGGUGGGGAUAGAACCCGCGAUCAGAGAGUAUGGUUUGUUUGCAGUCGUGUCAUUACGAUUUCGUGAGUCAUGAAAACAUCUCAUCACUGAAGGUACUCGGGUGCUGCACAUGUGUCUGUUUUCAUGUUCAUUUGCCACAUGAAAGAGGGAGAGAUAGGGUGUGAGAACAGCCUAGCUUAAGUCAGUAGGCUCAGUGUUAUGUUUCUAUAUUUUUAUGUUAUUUGUAUAUUCUUAUAAUUUUUUUCAUAUGAAUAUUUAUGCAGUGUAAGAACAUUCUAUAGUAAUUUUUUUUUAAAUUGUGAUGUUUAAAUGGUUAUUAAUGUAAUAUAUAUAUUUUUAAAGGUUUGUUUAAUUUAUGUCAAUAAUGACUGUAAUUAAUUUUAAAAUAUCUAAAUGUGUGUAUACAUAAAAUCUAUAAGAAUACUCACCAUUAUUUUCCAGGUCAUACAAUGUAUAGCUGUGGCCUUUAUCUUAUAUUCAUAAAGUUAUUAAAAUUUAAAUAAGUUGUCUAAGUUGAGCAAAAAUAACUCAAGUAACUCACUAACACCUCACCUCACACAAAUUCAGAAUAUAUAUGAGAGUUAUAAUCCAGCAGCAACACUUACCCUGAGAGUUAGUAUGUGAGAUGUUGCAGGUGUUGGGAAGGGAAGGGAAGGAGUAUAUUAGUAUGUGAGAUGUUGCAGGUGUUGGGAAGGGAAGGGAAGGAGUAUAUUAGUAUGUGAGAUGUUGCAGGUGUUGGGAAGGGAAAGGAAGGAGUAUAUUAGUAUGUGAGAUGUUGCAGGUGUUGGGAAGGAAGGGAAGGAGUAUAUUAGUAUGUGAGAUGUUGCAGGUGUUGGGAAGGGAAGGGAAGGAGUAUAUUAGUAUGUGAGAUGUUGCAGGUGUUGGGAAGGGAAGGGAAGGAGUAUAUUAGUAUGUGAGAUGUUGCAGGUGUUGGGAAGGGAAGGGAAGGAGUAUAUUAGUAUGUGAGAUGUUGCAGGUGUUGGGAAGGGAAGGGAAGGAGUAUAUUAGUAUGUGAGAUGUUGCAGGUGGGUUUGGAAGGGAAGGGAAGGAGUAUAUUAGUAUGUGAGAUGUUGCAGGUGUUGGGAAGGGAAGGGAAGGAGUAUAUUAGUAUGUGAGAUGUUGCAGGUGUUGGGAAGGGAAGGGAAGGAGUAUAUUAGUAUGUGAGAUGUUGCAGGUGUUGGGAAGGGAAGGAGUAUAUUAGUAUGUGAGAUGUUGCAGGUGUUGGGAAGGGAAGGGAAGGAGUAUAUUUAGUAUGUGAGAUGUUGCAGGUGUUGGGAAGGGAAGGGAAGGAGUAUAUUAGUAUGUGAGAUGUUGCAGGUGUUGGGAAGGGAAGGGAAGGAGUAUAUUAGUAUGUGAGAUGUUGCAGGUGUUGGGAAGGGAAGGGAAGGAGUAUAUUAGGACAGUGCAGAGAAAAUAUUACUACACUGGAGGACAAUAUUAAGACAAACAAGAUCAAUAUCAGAAGAAAUAAGAAUAAUAACAGGACAGUAAGGAUAAUAUCAAGACAGUCGAGGAUAAUAUCAAGACAGUCGAGGAUAAUAUCAAGACAGCCAAAAAUACGUUAGUCCUGAGGAGUGUAGAAGCCAUUCGUGGCCAAACAUUUCCUCAAUAAAAUAUUCCAGUAUUACGCAUGUGUCUUAUUUCAUAUGGAGAUGUAAUAAUGGUAGAAUUACCGACAAAAAUGUUACGGCUUGACAAAGCUCCUGGAGAGCGAAACGUUGCCACAAUAAAAUGUCACAGUAAU